AUGAUUCACGGUCAGUACCAAGAGGAGACCAAUGAGUCUGACACGAAAACUCGGGUUCAACCCAGAGCUCGAAGAAUGUCUUUUGGCCGUAAAGCGGGCCAGAGAGCCGCUCAGAAAAUGAACAUGGCCCUCGAAGACGGCGACGAGACCGCCGAUAACUCUGAUUUUGACACAGGCUCGUCGCCUGUGAAAGAAGAACGGCAUGUGUAUCGUUAUGGAAAUGAGGAAAGAGCGAUCGACACACAAGACAACGAAAGUCCAAAUCCACACUUCGAUAAACGCAAGGUCAAAAUUGCACCGCGUUCAACGCUGCAAUUCAAAAUAGGGCCAAAAUUCGAAGAAUCUGCAUCUUAUUGUCAAAUUGUGUGCUCAGCAACCCAGGUACCAGUGAAAUUUACUUUGUCACCGCGAAUUGACCGUGGUUUUGACCAAUACGAUGAUCAAUGGAUCGGUUACAAACGUAACUAUUUUACGCUGGUUACGUCUUUCGAAGUUGUGGGCGUAAAAAGUGAAGAGUUUCUGCUCAAAUCAUACCAGGCCACCGGCAUUCUCGGUAGCACUAAAGCCAUCGAGGUCAAGUACUUUGCAGUACGACUUGUGGCAACAUGCAGCGAAGAUGAUUCACCUGUGACACUUGUCCAGCAUACUGCAAAGCGCGAUAAAGGACCUCAAUUUGAGCCGCCAAUUCUGCCACUUGUUCCCGCCCCAUUACCAACGCAUCAAGUUAUUCGGGAAGCGUCAAAUGUGAGAAAUGAAGCUAAGAUGAAAAAAUACGAUCAUCUCUUUUACUUAAGCCGGAGCCCUGAUCGUUCUAGUUCGUCUCGGAAAGAGGUCAUAUCAACGUACCCUGAAAACCGCAUAAGAAAAGUGGCGCGCUACGAAAGAGUUCAAUUCUCUUCAUCAAUCAACGCCAAAAAAAGCGCUAACCAAACAAAGCAUUUUCAGCUAAGAGUCAUUCUCGGCUGUGUCAUUGACGAGACGCGCCUGCAUCCUCAGUUUUUCCAGAAGUUUGAGGGAAAGGCAUGUUUUUUGGACAGCAAUACAUGCAUAUUUGUUCCAAUCACUGAAAUGAUAAGCCCACCUUUAGUUAUCCGCGGAAGAUCUCCAUCCAACUACUACGGCGCAAAUGCAGAAGCUACGGAGGAUAAUAAAACGAAGUUUACGACAGCUCCUGGGCCGCAUCACCAAAAUUCCAAAUUAGGCUCCUCUACAGCCACGAAGCCCAGCUUCAAGUUUUGCGGGCCCGUAAACUCAAUACAGGCACAUGAACGCAUGUUGAGCGAUAUCACCAACAGGGGAGAUGGUGCGGCACCGAAUUCGAACUUCAAAUCUCGAUUGACUUGUCCGUCAAUCGCCCGUCCUCGUGUGAAGGUUGACUUGCAAACCAUGUCCUGCAUUGAGGCCUUGAUGCUAGAGCGGUCUGCUUCUUGUAUGGAUGACGGAGCACUCAGAAAAGAUCUGGACAAAUAUCCUAAGAUAUUGAGAGAUUAUGGUCAGAAUCCGCCAGGUAUUGGAAUGAAAGACAUCGAAUUGGGACCAUUGGUGAGGUUAGCCUCAUCGCACAGCGAUCACGAUUUAGGGUUCACCCACGAAGCCUUUCACUUGGGGAUGGGAUCGCUCGGGCCGUCAAGUCUUCCGAUCCAACACGGCAAUACAGCGGAAGUACCUGUGGAGAAGAAAAGAAAGCUCCACAAUAAGUCGUCUCUUAAUAGAGCCAAUUAUUCAGAGGAUUCGGCCAAUACUGAAGUCGGGGAUCUUACUGAAACCGCGUAUGUCGAGCCAUACUCGCCUAACGAAGGCGGGGCUGCAAAGCGGCCUAAAAGCUUGAUUGUUUCACGAGCUGGUGUCAGAGCUAAUCCGAUGGAUAUCUCCUUCUGCCUGAAUUUUGGCACGGAUCAAAGCGCUUGCGUCUUGUAUCGGCCCAACACAUCACUUAAAGCGCCAUUAUCAAGACAUAUGCUGACUUCUAGCGCAAAGCCUUCGGAGGUUUUUGGCACGAAUGAAUCCUUCGAUGAACCCAGCUUCUACAAACAUUGA